CGCAACUUCCGUAGUCAGCCUUAACGCUAGCUCAGUAGCUUAGUCAUGAGCAGCCCGUGUGUUUUGGGACAAAGACAGCCGCACGACUGCUGGGUAUAAGGGCAGAGUCCGAGCCCAUGGUUUAUUAAUAGUGGAUUAAAACAGCACGUGUCUGUUAUUCGGUCUCUGAACAACGCUGUCAGCACGGCUUUAUUGAACAGUAGCGCUAGCUUAGCUCGCUAGCUCUGUACUUGCGAGUGGGCUUAAAGGGGCUUCGGUUCGGUUUGGGGUUUGGCACGGAGCUGUCGCUAAACUGGCGAGGUGACCCAUGAUGAAUCGCUUCCGAAAGUGGCUUUACAAGCCAAAGAGGUCAGAUCCACAGCUGCUGGCCCAGUUCUACUUUGCAGAUGAAGAGCUGAACCAGGUGGCGACUGAGUUGGACAGUCUAGACGGCAGGAAAGACCCUCAGAGGUGUACACUGCUGGUGAACCAGUUCCGCUCGUGCCAGGACAAUGUGUUGAACAUCAUAAAUCAGAUUAUGGAUGAGUGCAUACUUGAAGACCGAGCCAACAGAGACUUCUGUGUGAAGUUCCCGGAAGAAAUCCGUCAUGACAACCUUGCCGGGCAGCUGUGGUUUGGAGCAGAGUGCCUGGCAGCAGGAUCCAUCAUCAUGAAUCGGGAAAUCGAGAGCAUGGCCAUGCGGCCACUAGCCAAAGAUCUCACCCGCAGCCUUGAGGAGGUACGUAACAUCACCCGAGACCAAGCGCUGCGAGAUCUCAACAACUACACCGACCGCAUGAAGGAAGUACUCCGACAGUUCGACAGCCUUUUCGCAGAGUUUGAACUCAGCUAUGUGUCAGCCAUGGUGCCUGUGAAGUCUCCUAAAGAGUAUUACAUCCAACAGGAAGUGAUUGUACUCUUUUGUGAGACAGUUGAAAGGGCCCUGAAGCUGGAGUAUCUCACACAAGACAUGAUUGACGACUAUGAGCCAGCUCUCAUGUUUACAAUCCCUAGACUUGCCAUCGUCUGUGGCCUUGUUAUCUACUCCGAAGGGCCUCUUAACCUCGAACGCAAACCAGAGGACAUGUCGGAACUCUUCCGGCCUUUUCGCACUUUGCUGAGAAAAAUAAGGGACCUGCUGCAGACUCUCACAGUGGAUGAGCUCAUGACGCUGGAGCGCAGCCUCUGCAUAUCCCAGGACGGAGAUUAUCCCACAGGGCCCAGCAUGUCCAAGGACCCAAGCACUUCCAACGGGCCUGUGAGCCAGCUGGAGACACUUGAGAAGGUUGAAGUUGAGGCGGUGGACCUCACUCUGUGUGUGACCCAAGUAGAAGAUGCCGAAUGGGAGAUGGAUGAAGGCGGUAAGGGGCCGCUGGAGGAACCUUGUGAGAGUGAGGAAGAGGAGGCCACAGAUGCAGAUUUGGCUUGCUCCAUGCAGUAUGAUGAAGAAGAGAUAGAGCAGCUUAAUAUGAUGGUGCAUCAAGUCGGGGACGAAAUGUCCACUUUGCUUUCUCCUCCGAGUCAGAAUCAGUCUCCAGCCCACCGCCCUCGACAAUACAGAGGCGGCAGUCUGGGUGGUUCGAGCGCGGCCUCCAGCACGCAGGCAUCACCUCGGAGAGGCCUAGGCUCCUACCAUGAGGACGAUCGAGUUUUCUUUAUGGAUGAGCUUGAGGCUGGCUUAACUGGGGAGGUUUGCCGGAGGCAGCUUCCCCUCCCUACCGAAUGCCUCAGAUCACCCGAACACUCUAGAGUUGCCCAUUUGACUGAUUCUUCCUGUAAUGGUUGGCUGACAGCCUGUCAAUCAAGUGACACCGGCAAUCUCAACAAAAUGAGCCAAUCAGCUGAGUCCGUGGGUCCUCUGAUGAACGGUUGGGAAGGGUCGCAUGAAGAGGACAGCGUGGAGGCUGCUGAAGAGAUCGCCACUCGUACCGGUGGAAUGAAACUGUCAGCCACUGUUAUAUUUAACCCUCAUUCUGCCAACUUAUCUGACUUGGCCGUCGUCUUACCUCAGUCGGCAGGCGUUCCUGAGCACAGCGAUGGCGGGGCUUUAGUUGCCACUCAGUGCCUGCUUAACUCCUGCGUGUGCUGCGCUGGCGGAUGUGUCGACAACCGUGAGGACCAUGUUGCCAUGGAGCCCGCUGGGCGGGGAAUGAUGUUGGGAUACGAUAAACACAAGCUCGCCAUAACAAGCUCCGUUAUCCAAUCAGCAGUAGCUGCUGGCAGCCCUGGAAAAGGUAAUGGACACAUACCGCUCACCCUGCCUCCGGCUCAGGGCCGUCUUACUCCGCCUGGGGGCAGUCAGGACUGUUCCCAAUAUCAGUGCUGCGAGAAAUGUCCGGCGAGUAUCGCAGGUGUUCAGCUGGCUCUGGAUAGAGGAUCAGGACAAGGGGAGGGAGGACCAAGUUGUCCCCAUCAGGACUCGGGGUGUCGGAUUCAGUCGAAAGAGGACCACAAAAAGAGCACUAGCAAUUCUCAGGAGUCCCCCCUCAGUUCUGCCCCCAGCAGUGACGUUGAGGGUGUUUCUGUUACUACAUGCAGUUUGUCAAGUUCAUACACACCCAGCCCUGUCAGUAGUCUGACCACCAGCACGGACAUGUCUGAGGAUCUGGACCAUCAGGACAUUCAGGUGGCCCUGCAAGCUGCCAAACUCGCUGCUCACAGCAAAAUCCGCUCACGUUUCCAUAGCAGUAGUGACCUUAUUCACCGUCUUUUUGUCUGCAUAUCAGGUGUGGCCGAUCAGUUGCAAACAAACUAUGCUAGUGACCUGCGGAGCAUCUUAAAGACGCUGUUCGAGGUCAUGGCAACAAAAUCAGAGGAAGGGGACAACGAAAAUCUCAAGAUAGGCCCGUGUCUGGGCAGUGCGGUGCUGGAAGACUGUGCUCUCUGUCAGGAAACCAUCUCUUCAUCAGAGCUCGCUGCCAAAGCCAGAGAGGGUCAAUUUGAAGACCCUACAGAGUGGGUACCAGAUGAGGCCUGCAAUUCCUGCAUUGCUUGUAAGGCCCCGUUUACCGUUAUAAGAAGGAAACAUCACUGCAGGAGCUGUGGAAAGAUCUUCUGUUCCCGCUGCUCAUCGCACUCCGCCCCGUUGCCUAGAUAUGGUCAGAUGAAGCCGGUGAGAGUUUGUACUCACUGCUACAUGUUCCACGUAACGCCUUUCUACAGCGACAGGACUGGUGUCUGACCACUGUACAGCCACCCACCCACCCACACGCACGCGCGUAAGCACACUACCAGUUUCCAGACUUCAAGUACCCAUGAGCGUAUGAAUACAAAUCUGCAUAUAUAUUGAUCAUCAUCAUCAUCAUCCCAAAAAAGUGUAAAUAUAACACAAAACACAAUCAUUUCAAAGCGAUAGAAAGAGCCUCGAUGGAACAACGGACUCGGAUAGACUGAGACGCAGUCGAGAACGCCUCAUAACGGAAGCACAUAAAGGAGGUAACCCCAUCGCUGUGGGAGCCAAAGUAUUUAUUUAGGGCUUUGAAUAAUAAGCUUAAUUCGAUGAAAUUUGCUUUUAUGGAGCAUGGAACAAGCUGGCUUUUCUGUUAAACAGAAGGGCAACUGCUCACAAAUGAAAAUGCAGCUUGUUAACAUCUUUGGACCGAUUAUUAGCGCCUGAGGUUUCAUGGGCUCCGAUUUCCAGAGUGAAUGUAAACUGUGAGCACAUGAUUAAAUAUGAGAAGAACUAAACUGUGACAGACAAGACAAUAAUAAUAUAAACACUAAAUGCACCAUCAGUGAUCACUGUGGGGCAUAAUAUAGCACAGAUUUCUUUUUUCAUUCAGAUGUUUUAUUUAGGAAAUAAUGCUGCUUUCUGUUAAACAGAUGUGACACUUUGGGUGUAGCUGAAUGGCCAAAAAAAAAAAUGUGUGUGUAUAUAGUACGCUGAAAGUAUGAAAUGGAUUUGAUGUAUCUUCCGAAAGAAGAUUCUCUUCUUUUUCUUAUGCCAAUAUGAAUGUGCAACAUUUUGAUGUUUUGUUUUCCAAAAAAACUGUAAUUGCCUUUGACGGCAGCGUGGGAGCCUUCUGCUUUUCCUCUGGUACAAAUGAACUUUAAACCCCUACCUCAUCCCUUACGAUGACUUCCUAAACCCUCUUUGCUUUUUUUUUUAUUACUGUAUGCCAACAUAAUAGUAUCGACACUAACAGAUGCUUUUUUUAUUCUUUUUGCACUUUUCAUCCAGUGAAAAGAUAUAGUGACCAACCACUACGUUUGUGUGUAAUUCUGAUACUCUCUCCAUGUAAAACUCAUCUGAUCAGACUUUAGUUUUGUGCAGUGCUGUUGACACCUCAGUCUUUGGCUUUGUUUAAUUUCUUUAACAAACCGUUCAUGAGGUCUUCUUACAGAAUUCCACAUUGAGGUGUGUUUUUAUAAAGAGGCACAAACAUAAUCGUCACUGUCCUUCUGAAACCUCGGAUGUCCGAAUUCCCAGUUUUCAAGGAAAUGGAAAAACACUACUUUUUUUAAUUAUUAAAUUAUUUGUUGACAAGCACUUUUUAAUACUUUUAUUGGUCAGAUAUUUGCAAAACCUAGUGACUAAUAAUAAUAAUUUAUGGAGAAAAAAGGUUUAAGAAGGACAGCAGCGAAAUACACGUUUACUUGCAGACAUAAAUGUGCUGCAAAGCCAUUCUUAUCCCAUUUUUUUUUUUUUUUGAAAUGCAACGAAAUUACAAACACUACUUGUUAACACAUGAUGCACUUUUUAUUGACUGUAGCUUACAAGUAAUGUAAGGCUAUUGUGUGUAAUAAUCUACAGUCAUUUUACAUUUGGUUAUCUUUAAUCUGAGGAGUAAAUUGUUUUAAGACCUGAGAAAGAUUAAUAUUAUUAUUAAUUAAUUAAUGUUAAUUAAUGUUCUCAGUCUAAAUGCUAUCAGAUGCUACCAGACACUGCACUAUCAAAACUGAUCGACACUGAAAUGUGACCCUUUACUACUAAUGAAAUAAUAAAUGUAUUAGGACCUUCAUAAAAACACAUUCCCUUUUUUCAGUCAAAUAUCUGUGAUAAUUGUUUUUUUCAUACUGUUCCAACCGUUGUCCCAGUUCACAUAUGACAGGUAUAUAGAAGGGUGUGGGUUUAAUGUGUUUGCAUUCAUUCUGUAAUGCAACACUUAUAACUUUCAGUCUGCCUAGUUCUGUACAAGCAAUAUUGUACAUCAAUCACGGUUGAGACAACAAGUUAAUAUUUAAUAUUGUAUUUAACAAUUGUUAAUGAGACCGUUAAUGCUAAUGAUUCUUUAUGUCCUUGUAUUUUAUGUUUACUGACAUCAUUCUGCUGCAUUUACAGGCAUUCAAAUGCACAUAUUAAACACGUGUUAAGCUAUUUGAAAUAUUGCAAAGCAUAGAAAACAUAAUUUAAGUCAAGUUUAACAUAACAAUCCACAGGGUUAUCAGGUGGUGUUGCAUUGAAUAUACAUAUUUACCUGCUCAAUGUAUGCUGUCACCUGUACUUGGAAGAAUCUGUUGUAGGUCAGGUCAGUCAGUUAUAAUGUUUAAGAUGAUCAGGUAUCGAUAUCUGAGAUAAUUUAACAUCACGAUUCAGUGUAGUUUUCACAUCAAUAAUUACUAAAAAGGUUUACCUGUCAAUUGCUUUUCAUUUUAUUUUUAACUGCAUUUUACUCAGACACUUAGUGAGAUGAGUAGAUUAUUGUACAUUCUGUUAUGGGAUAGAUGGUAAGACUGACACUGACGGAAAGCCACUCAGCUUGCACCCGCACACUACAAUUAAACAAUACCCCUCUUACUUUAAUUUAAUGCGGAUAACAAGUUAAAUAUGUCUACAGAUAUAGACUGGGGAGUGUGCUAUACAGAUUUGGUUUGCGUUGUUUUAAUUCCUUGAUUGUAUGCUGGCAUGAUACGGAGGAACUGAUUUUUACAGCUGCUUUUUUGAAUGUAUUGUUAUUUGAAAUGAGAUGGUGUCAAACAGGGCAAAGAGUUGAUGACUUUCUCGAAUGGAAAGUUCAGUAUCUGCAGACUCAACUUCCAACCUGUCACGUGAUAAGAGCUCAUUUUCUGGUUUUAUCCUCUUCCGGUCCUUAUUCCUCUGUCUUUUUUGCCUUUUUUUCUAUUAAUUGAAAAAAGACUAGUCUUUAAAAUUAUACAGAUAUUUUAUUUUACAGAGAGCAAAAAUAAUAAAAUGAUAUAUGUAUAAAAUUCUUUUUUCCUGUAUAAAAGAAUCACAAUGAAAGAAUUUACACUAUUUAUUAAAAAGCUUGUUCUUAUUUUGUAAUGGCCGGUUCCGUCUAAUUGAGAACUUUUCAAAGUCUACUAAGUAUUUAUGUCAUGCAAUGAAAGUAAUAAAUGACUUUUUCUUUA